AUUCGUCCGAAUGGUUUUCAUUCUUUAUUUACAACCUGCGUAGCUUUCAACCUAGAUUAAGCUGACACGCCGCGGUCUGACCUAAUUGUUAUUCGCCAACCUGAAUCACCCCGGCCAACAAAGAUACCGUGACACAGUUGCCUGAGAAUGUGUGUUGACUCAAAUGGCGCUUAUCAGCCUGAACUGAGCGUCCAGUCAAACACACCCGGACGAGGUGAAGACUCGCGGUAACUAGGAUGUACUCUGAUGUCGACAUACAGUAGGGUAUACCUCUCCCUGCACACAGACUUGGCCAUGUGAGCUUAAACUGUAAAGCUAGUGAUCGUGGACGAACGAUGGAAAUAAUGGACGUACGUGUUCUCCAUGGAGUGUGUGUUAUGCUGUUGGGAGCAUUAAUCACUAGUUCAGAUGCAUGCAACAUUACGCUCUAUGCUCAGAGGGAGCCGCUGAACUUCACUUCUCCAAACUACCCUCACAACUACAGAAACAAUGACUAUUGUUAUUGGAACAUCUACCCCCAAACAAGCGGAUACAGAGUUGUACUCGACAUGGUUUACAGCAACAUCGCAGGCUCAAUUUAUUCAUGCUUGGACAGUCUAACCCUAAACAUGAAACAUUCCGGGGACUUGAGGAUCGACAGUAUCCACAAGAUAUGUGGAAAAACGAGGAAAAGUAUGUCAGCUCCACAAGGUCAAUACUUUUACGUUGUUUUCAAGACGGAUAACAGCAUCACUGAAAGCGGUUUUCUGAUUCGAUACUACGAAAGUGAAGAUGGGACCGAAAUGAAGCGACUGCAGGCGACAGUAGGAAGUAAAACAUUCACCAGUCCCGGGUACCCAAAUGCGUACUACCCAAUGCAGACACGUGAGUGGACAAUUACGACAGAACAACAAAAUCAGAUUGUUUUCCUGGAAACCAUCGAUGCUGUAUUUCAGAACCCGUCAUCGGGAGGAAUUUGUUACGGCGAUUACGUCAACGUGUAUAAUGGUCAAACUCGUUCGGAUCUCCUUGGCACAUUCUGUGGGACAGAUAAACCCGUUUUUCUCAGCAGUGUUUCGUCAAUGCGAGUUUACUUCCACUCAGAUAACACAAACAACUACAAGGGAUUUCAAAUGAGAUACAAGGCUGUCCCAGCAACGAUGUGCAAAGUGACACUGACGGCAGCGCAGUACCCACUGAAGAUUGUCUCCACUGGAGAAAGUUGGAAAUGUGAGUGGUAUAUCAAGUCACCUGCAUCACGUGGACGAGUAGGCAUCCAACUUCUUGCAUCAGAUAUGGAUGAGUCGGCCAACGGAACCUGUGUAGAACUGUACAUAUACGACGGGAGAAGCACCGAUGAGUCAGACUUGCUGGGAAAAUGGUGUGGUUCAUCUGACGUGCAGUACACCAGUAGGAGUAAUUCUCUGACGGUCAUCCUGCGGUCAGGUAACCAGAGGACUGUGAGGGUAUCCUACAAAGAAAUACAAUCUGUAUGCGGAAGUACAAGUCUAACGGCUUCCAGCUUCAGUGACAAGUACCUGACAUCGCCUGGCUAUCCCAAAAGUUACCCCGAUGACUUAUACUGCGUUUGGGAGAUUUAUGGUCCAUCUGGAAAACAAAUUAAAGUUGAAGUUUUGGACAUUGAACUUGAAUCGUCGUCUGGUUUGUGCCAAAUGGAUUACCUUGUGUUCAAAGAUGGUACUGGUUCUAAUGCUGAAACCAUCACUCGAAUAUGUGGUCCCGGAAGUGGAGAUAUAUACAGCUCCUAUAAUCAAAUGCAAAUCACCUUUCAUUCCGACCUAGGCAUCUCACAUAGGGGAUUUCGUUUGAAGUACUCAGCCGUGGGGUCUGCCUGUGGAAAUAUGCACCUCAGCGCCCACAGCUGGCGCCAGUAUCUGACUUCCCCGGGUUACCCAUCACAUUACCUUAAUGGGUUAGACUGCCAGUGGAAAAUUGUUGGAGAGAAUAGAAAGUCUAUCAAAGUUGACAUUAUGUAUCUUGAUAUGGAGACUUCAGAUUUGUGCACGAGGGAUUUCCUCCUCUUCAGAGACGGAGCUCGAAAUACCACACUGGCUAAAGUUUGUCGGUCUACGACUAUGAACAUCUUCAGCUCAAGCAACAUCAUGUUCAUCACAUUCCACACCGACAGCUCCGUUACAGGGCGUGGAUUCAGUUUGCAGUACUCUGCAGUAACUCCAGCGUCAACAGAUCCAAACCGCCAGUGUGGAGAGACUGAACUGAGGGCAUAUACAACCAGGGAUACAUACCUGACUUCACCGGGAUACCCGUCAUUUUAUCCAAACAACCUAGACUGUAUUUGGACCAUCACCGCGCCCCUUGGAAAUAUAAUAAGGGUCGAAGUUGUGAACAUUCAAAUGGAAACGUCGACAGGUUGUGUGUCUGACUAUCUUCUAUUCAGUGACGGUGCAUCGGCUGAUGGUGUUCAGUUGCAAAGGCUUUGUACUGCAUCAUCUAGGUACAUCUUCAGUUUCGGGAUCAGCAUGACCAUCACCUUCCACACCGACAAUGCGGUGGUAUCAACGGGAUUUAAUGUGAAGUACACAGCGGGGAUAUUCGCCACAGCACCACGAGUCUGUGGAGCUGACACUGACGUGACGUAUUUAGACGCCAUUAUUGAAUCUCCUAACUACCCCCAGGAUUAUCCAGACGAGGCGGACUGCACAUGGAAAAUCUUUACUGCAAAAGAGGACCAUGUGAUCAGUAGCAGAGUAUCGAAUUUCGAACUUGAAUUAGACGACCGCUGCACCAUGGACUAUGUACAGAUUUAUGAUGGUCCGAGUCGAUCCGCUUUGUCUCUCGGCCGGUGGUGUGGAAGGAAGGGACCGAAAGUAGAGAGUUCAGGGCCGGCAGUUUACGUUGUGUUCCGAUCGGACCUUUCAGUCUCCUUCGCUGGAUUUUCAUUGUCCUUUUCUGCUGGCCCACCAUCACAUGCGAGUAAAAGUUCUUUCGACCCCAGUGUUGGGGGCAUAAUUGGUGGGACAGUUGGAGCUGUUGUGUUCGUACUUUUAGUAGUUGUUUGUUGUGUGUGGUGCCGCAGAAAGAAGUCCCUCCCAACAACCAGCCACAUAGGAACCUGACGGUAACCAUGACAAAUAACAGUUCCCAUGACACCAUCACCAACAACAUUUACUCUAUCUCAUAUUCCAACCAACCGUCCGCGCCAGUGGAUGAACCAACUGUGCCUGAACCAUCACCUCCAUGUUAUGAUGAUGUUGUUAAAAAUGACCCCCCUUCGUACUUUGAAGUGGUGGCACAGUUAGACUUGCAGCCCGUUGUGCCUUCAUACCGUGGUGGCGCAUCUGCAAAUCAAGGGGCAGAUAAUCCGACAUUUCGUAGCUCAGAGGUUUAGUGCUACGGCGUCCUGUUGCGUGCAUGAUUUGUGUAAUUGACGUGGAAGAGACACGUGCACAUGUGAUAACCUUGAAACGACGUUUAUGCCAGUACUUUAGUAACAGCUGAAAAUACAGUGUUAUUUACAUACUUGAUUCGUACUUCAAUGUGCAUGCUCCAAUCUGCUAAGACCUCACUUCAUAAAUAGUCCGAGGAGUUUACAGUUUGUAGACGACCAGCAACUGACGUCAACAUCUUAAUCAGUGGGAUAUACAGUCAGUUAAGCAGUAUUGCACGUCCUGGAAACAUGAUUUGCAAGGUUGUUGUCGUCUUAUGGGUUAAUGAUUCUUAUCAUCCCUGAACAGUAGGUAUGGUGUCGCAAAAGAAACGAAAAACAUUCGUAUUCGUCCAGGGACGAUCAGGGACUAGAGUACUUCUAAUCUCUCGUAUCUCUCUGAAUUGUCCGAAUUGCUUGUUUUCCAUUCUCCGAUACUUAACCCAUCAUUAGAAGUACCAUGUAAGAAGUACGUUCGCUGUACAUCAGAUCGUUAAAGCCAAACCUCUUACGAAAGAUCCGGUGAUCCUGUCCAAAGCAAAGAAAACAUAUUAACAGUUACUCAUCAGUGUGUGGUCCUGUGCAUAGAACUCAGGUCACAAUUCAGUUGAAGUUAACCAACGUUCUGCGCGGAGAGUCUUGGAUGGGUGACCAUGUUUAACAUCUUGACUCCUGAGAGUUUCUAGGGACUUCUGUCUUGCUCCACAACGAAGCACAUGUGAUACAUGUGGUCUCACCUUAGGCAAGUGAGUUUGUUCAAAUUUGCCUCUGUUCACCCAGCAGAAAAAGGGUACCCGGUGGGAUAAUUCAUGUGACUAUUAACCUUAUAGCGCCUCACAAACAGCUUGGGUUAUCCGGUGUAAUAAUAAUCAGGCUGUGUGCACUUUGAGCAACCGCAACGGGUGGACAAUAGUGCAUCACAAAUGCACUUAUUAUUAUUAUUAUCACCUCUCAAACCUGUCGAAAUAUUCCCUUUAUUUCAUUGUAAUUAUCAUCUUCGUAAUUGGGAACAUUGAUAUCUUAACAUGCCAGCGUACACAACAGAGAAGUAUCAGUCGGACCUAUUACGGAAUUUGUGGCCUACAACAUGUAUUUCUCUUUUAUGUCUAUGAUGAAAACUUUGCAACUCUU